CGUGCGGGAGAAUCCAUCUUGAAGAGAGCUCUCCGGGUGUGUGACCAGUUUAAAACUCCAAAAUGUCCGACUCCGAGCAGCAGUACAUGGAAACAAACACAGAGAACGGGUACACGGGCGAGGAUUUAAACGGAGCCGGACACACCGAGGAAACGAACGAAGGGAACGGAGAAGGAGCCGGACACGACGGGAACGAGAACGGAGGCACCGAGGGGAAUCAGAUCGACGCCAGCAAGAGCGAGGAGGAUGCCGGGAAAAUGUUUGUGGGCGGUCUCAGCUGGGACACGAGCAAGAAGGAUCUCAAAGAUUACUUCUCCAAAUUUGGAGAGGUCACAGACUGCACCAUCAAAAUGGACCCUGUUUCUGGUCGAUCUAGAGGGUUUGGCUUCAUCCUCUUCAAAGACCCCGCUUGUGUGAACAAAGUUCUUGAACAGAAGGAACACAAGUUAGAUGGACGACAGAUCGACCCGAAGAAGGCCAUGGCGAUGGCGGUGCCGAAAAAGGAGCCGGUGAAGAAGGUGUUCGCUGGAGGCAUUAAUCCUGAAACUUCUAAGGAAGUGAUCGAAGAGUUUUUUGGGGCGUUCGGAGAGAUUGAGAAUGUCGAACUUCCACAAGAUCCAAAGUCAGAAAAGAGGAGGGGCUUUGUAUUCAUCACGUUUAAAGAUGAAGCUACCGCAAAGAAGGUGAUGGAGAAGAAGUUCCACACUGUCGACGGGAGCACGUGUGAAAUCAAAGAGGCUCAACCCAAGGAAGUUUAUCAGCAGCAGCAGUACGGGGCUCGUGGAUACGGAGGACGCGGUGGAAGAGGAGCCCGCCAAGGCCAGGGUUGGAACCACGGCUACAACAAUUACAACUGGAAUCCGGGAUACAACCAGGGCUAUGGCUACGGACAAGGAUACGGCUACGGAGGCUACGGUGGCUAUGACUACUCUGCUGGUUAUUACGGCUAUGGGGGUAGCUACGACUACAACCAGGGCAAUACAAGCUAUGGGAAAACUCCAAGACGUGGAGGCCACCAGAGUAGCUACAAGCCAUACUGAACACACGUAGUGCAGGUCUAAAGUAAAUAAGAGAGAUCCAUGGUCUGACCACAGCGAACAUGGGCUCUGGCUUUUCCUUUGGAGUUGGCAGAAAUUUGGACUCAUGCUCCAUUUGUACAGAUCAAGUGAGGAACUGGGGAAGCAAAUGUCACUUUUCCACUUUUUAUUUUAUAUUGUUUUGUGUCAUUUACAUUUCCAGUGAUGGAAGUGUUAUUUUUACCGUACUUUUUGGUACCUUUUUGAAUCUAAUGUAUUGUAUGGUUGUAUUUUUACAUGUCUACUGGAUUUACAGAUGAGCAGAGCAGGAGCUUUUAAAGCUCUUCAAUAAAACUAUUUGCUUUUUCUUUUUGGUCUUUCUAGAACUUUUAAGUUGAUAUUCUCCUGUGCUGAGUGUUGGAUGCAGGCUGCAUGGCUUCAGAUAUGGGGUGAAUAAGGGAUUUCAAACUAAUCAAAGGACUCAUUGUGUGUCAAGUGAACGUGUGCUGAUGGGCUAGUAGACAAAGACAACCAGCAUUUUUUUGUUAUGUUUUGGCUUUUAAGGAGUUUUUCCCCCCAUCAUGUCUGCAAUUUUAAGUGGCUUUACUAGUAUUAUACAACUGAACGCAAGCCUGUUAAUGUAAGGGGUAUUCCCCCUCUCACUGGAAACUCAUUCCUCUAGUGUCUUGGGUAAAUUGAUAGAAAUAAACUUUCGGUUCAUAUUA